UGCCAGCUGCACUUGGGAAGUCUGAGGGCAAAAAUCUAACGAGCCACUGAGAGCUCAGAAUUUUGACAGGGAAGUUAUACAGAAGAGAAAAGGAGAAUAUGCACCAAUAUUCUACUGUACACAGCUAGCCUGGAGUACAUGUUUCAGUCAGAAGAACUAGAUCUUCAGCUAACAGAUCUUCAGCUAACUAGAUCUUCAGAGUUCAGGCUGUAAGAAGAACCCGGCAGCUCAGGUAUAGGAACCUUUAUUGAAAUGACUCUCCUGGUCUUCGUCUUUUUGUUGACUUUUGUCCAAGCUGGCCCUGCAGAUGCCUCAAGUCCCAUGUUUGGACCAAGGCAGGUGACUGGGUUGCUGCAUGGUUCUGUCACUGUGAAAUGCUUCUACCCUGCCACUAGGGUAAAUAGACAUGACAGGAAGUACUGGUGCAAGGCAUCAACACGGCAAUGUUCAACCAUUGUUUCUUCCAACGGUUAUCUUUCAAGAGAAUAUGAAGACAGAGCCACAAUAACCGACUUUCCAGAAAGUGGCAUAUUCAUCAUUGAGAUUUCAGGGCUGAGGAGAAGUGACAUGGGAUCAUACAAAUGCGGUAUUGGUAUCAAUGAUAAACUGUUCUUUAGAGUCCAGCUGGAUGUUUCUGAAGAUUCAGUAGUGCCUGAAGAAGCUCAACUCUUCUACAUUAAGCAGCAAAGAUCAGUGACUAUAUCAUGUGCUCUUGGCAAUCAGUAUGGCACUGAAAGGAAGUACGUGUGUCGGAUGACAAAGACCCAGUGCGUCACUGUUAUUGACACCUAUGGAAAUGUUGACCCAUCCUACAAAGGAAGAGUUCUGUUGGACCAUAGUGAGGUUCCUGGAUCAUUCAAUAUUUUAAUGACCCAGCUAAAGAGGCAAGAUUCAGGACUGUACCUGUGUGGAGCAGGGUGGUACGGGGAAUCUGGAGAAUCCAAGCAAUUGAAUAUACAUGUCUAUGAAGAGCCUUCUCUGCCCCAAGAAAAUGUUGAACAGCCUCUGCUGAAGGGAGUCCUGGAUGGUUCUGUGUCUAUUGAAUGUUACUAUGACCCAAAAGGAAAUGUCACAGUGAAAUACUUAUGCAAGUGGAGAGAAUAUGGGUGCACUCAGUUAAUAAACAACUUGGGGGAUAUGCCAGAUUCCUAUGAGGGAAGGGUAGUGAUGCAUGAUAACCCAGAAAAUGGCACUUUUACCAUCAUAUUGAACCAACUGCAGGAGAAUGAUGCAGGAUACUACUGGUGUAUGACAGGUGGAGAACAGGAAAAGAAGUCAACAACAGAACUAAAGAUUGUAGAAG